UUCAGUGACGACAACUGGAAAAACAAAGCUGAACAUUGUGCUGUGUGGAAAUAAUCCAACACUCAAGAACUCAGUGUCUAAAAUGUUUAGAGGGAUAACAAGUAAAUCUCAGAAAGAGAUGAGUAAAGUGUGUGUGAAGAAAGAGGGCAAGAUUCAUGGACGGCAGAUCAGUGUAAUAGAGCUUCCAGCUCUCACCCGGCUCUCAGAGGAGGAAGUGAUGCGGGAGACUCUCCACUGUCUGUCUCUCUGUGAUCCUGGAGUUCAUCUUUUCAUCCUUGUUACUCCUGUCUGUCCACUUACUAAUGAAGACAGAGCAGAAAUGGAGAAGAUCAAAGGAAUACUUAACUCUAAUGAACACUUCAUGUUGCUUUUCAUUACUGAACUUGACCAAAGUGUGAUAGAUUUUGUGAGUCUCUAUGGGAGUUGGCACAGUGUGAUGGGGUCAAAGGACCAGAGAAGCUCAGAAAAGAUCUCAGAUCUGUUUGAUCGUAUAGACAGCAUGAAGAUUGAACCCUAUUCUCUUCAGAUGCACAUAAGAGCUCCAGAGAAGAAAGUCAGACAUGAACUAGAGGAGCAACUGAGAGUGAGAGAUAAUGAAGUCAAAGAGCUACAGCAGAAGAUCAAGACACUGGUUUCAGAGGGUGUGAAGCUGAAUCUGGUUGUGUGUGGGAGUAACAGAGGAUUAAAAUCCUUCAUAUCAAAGCUGAUCCUGAAGCAGAGCGAAAGAAGAUCAGAGCUCAGCUCAGAGUGUGUGAGGAGAGACGUGGAGCUUGAUGGACAUCUGAUCAGUCUGGUGGAGCUUCCAGCUCUGUUCAACACUCAGCUCUCAGAGGAGGACAUGAUGCGUCAGACUCACCGCUGUGUGUCUCUCUGUCAUCCUGGAGUUCAUGUGUUCAUCCUCAUCAUUCCUGAUGCACCACUGACUGAUGAAGACAAAGCAGAAAUAGAGGAGAUCCAGAGGAUCUUCAGCUCAAGAAUCAACAAAUACAUCAUGAUCAUCAUAAAGCAGAAUCCAGAGCAUCAGACAGCAGAACUAAAUGAAAAAACACUGUCUGUCAUUGAGAGUUUUGGGGGACGACAUAAUUUCAUUGGGCCUAAAACACAAGUGUCUGUGUUGAUGGAGAAAUUAAAGCAGAUGGUUGAGGAAAAUAGUGGUGAUUGUUUCUCCACAGAGACAUUGAUGGAGACACAGAUGGAGAAACUGCUGAAAUUUGAAGAAAUUAAAAGGAGAAUCUAUCCUUUAGAGACGUGGUUUCAAUCACAAGAUUCAAGAGACAUAGAAUAUGAACUGAGGAUUGUGCUGCUGGGAAAAACUGGAGUUGGGAAGAGUUCAACUGGAAACAACAUCUUAGGAAGAGUCAUGUUUGAAGCUGAAGCAGCUCAUGAGUCUAUUACUAAAGAGUGUCUUAGAGAGAACGCUGAAAUCAAUGGCAGACACAUUGCUGUGAUCGACACUCCAGGACUGUUUGAUACCGAUCUCAGUAAUGAAGAAAUCCAGAGAGAAAUCAGCAACUGCAUCCCCAUGAUCCUGCCUGGACCACAUGUGUUCAUCAUUGUGCUCAAUUUAGGACAACGAUUCACUCAAGAAGAGGAAAAAUCAGUGGAGAUCAUCCAAGAGACAUUUGGUGAAAACUCUUUAAAGUACACGAUGGUGCUCUUCACCAGAGGGGAUGAUCUGAAUGACAAAACUAUUGAACAGUAUCUGGGAAAAUCUGGAUCUGCUUUAAAGCAGCUGAUUGAUGUGUGUGAAAACAGAUACCAUGUGUUCAAUAAUAAAGAGACUGGAGACCGAACACAGGUGACUGAUCUACUGCAGAAGAUAGACAACAUGGUGAAAGCAAACGGAGGGAGUUACUACUCAUGUAAGAUGUUCAGAGAGAUGGAAAGAGAAUUACAAGAACAACAAAAGAACAUACUGAUGGAGAAAGUGGAGCAAGUGGUCAGAGAAAAAGAAGAACUCAUGAAUAAACAUGAAGAAGAGAAAAAUAAGAUGAAGAUGAAGAUGGAGGAAAAAAGACAGAAUCAUGAGAAAGAGAGAAAGAGAAGAGAAGAAGAAUUUAUUGAGAGAGAAGAACGAUACAAAAGAGACAUCAAAGAAAGAGAGGAACAAGAGAAAAAGAUACGAGAGGAGCUGAAGAGAGAACGAGAGGAAUGGGAGAAACAGAAACAACAGGAAAGACAAAGAAGAGAAGAAGAGGAGGAUAAAUGGAGAAAGAAAGAGCAGGCAACAUGGGAUGAAUGUAAUCAGAGACUUAAAGAGGUAGAAGAGAGAAUGGAAAGUGAGAAAGAAGUUAAUCUGUCCAAAUACAAAGAAGAGAAAGAGAGAAUGAAGAUGAUGGUGGAUGAAGAGAGACGGAAUCAUGAAAAAGAAAGAAAUAGAAGAGAAGAAGUGGAUGAGAGAAGGAGAAAGAUAGAAAAGGAAACAUGGGAUGAAUAUUAUCAGAAACUUAAACGAGAGAGAGAAAGAAGAUACAGAGAGAAAAAAGAUCUUCAGAUCAAACAUGAAGAAGAUAGAAAAAGAAUGAAGAAGAUGAUGGAGAAAGAAAGACAAAAUCAUGACAAAGAGACAAAGAGAAGAGAAGAGGAAUAUAUAAAAGCUGAAGAACAAUAUAAAAGAGAUAUUAAAUACAUAGAGGAACAAGAGGGAAAGAUACGAGAUGAGCUGAAGAGAGAACGAAAGGAAUGGGAGAAACAGAAACAACAGGAAAGACAAAGAAGAGAAGAAGAGGAGAAUGAAAUGCAUAAAUUUAUUGAACUUCAUACGGGAACUCCUGAGGUUCUGCACACAAACAAUGAAGAAGAUUCAUCAUCAGAUUCAGGAUGUUUGAGAAUCUUGCUGCUUGGGAGGACAGGAAGUGGAAAGUCUGCAACAGGAAACACUAUCCUCGGAAACGAUGAGUUCCACAGUGAAGCAAGUUCACGUUUGGUGACCACUGUUUGUCAGAAGAGAGUUGGUGAAGUUGAUGGUCAAUCAGUAGCUGUUAUUGAUACUCCAGGACUCUUUGACCCCUCACUGACAAAUGAACAAGUGCAGGAAGAAAUAAUGAAGUGUAUUUCACUGUCAGCACCUGGACCACAUGCGUUCAUCAUUGUGCUGAACGUGGAAAAAAUCACUCCAGAGGAGAAAGACACUUUAGACGUGAUCAAGAUGAUCUUUGGCUCAAAAGCAGCAGAUUUCUGCAUUGUUCUCUUCACUAGAGGAGAUGAACUGAAACAACAAACAAUAGAGCAUUAUGCAGAGAAAAGUAAAAAUGCUGAAUUCAAGACACUGAUCAGUGACUGUGGAAACAGAUUCCUGGCUUUUAACAACACAGAAACACAAGAUCAGACACAAGUUACUCAGCUGUUAAAUAUGAUAGAAGAGAUGAAGAAGUCUAAUCAGGGCCGAUACUUCACUAAUGAGAUGUUUGAAAAGGGAGGGAUCGCCAUUGAACAGAAAAUGGAAAUGCUAGAAGAGAAUAAAAGAAAAAAUCUGUUUCAAGUUGAAGAAUUAAAAGCCAAAUAUGACAUGGAAAUCAAAAGGAUGGGAGAGAGACUGGAAGAGAAGAAACAAAGGAAAGAAGAGGAAAGAGAGAGACUGAAGAACAAGUUCAGAGAACAAGAGGAAACACUCAGGAGAGAGUUUGAGGAGAAAGAAAAAUCUGAGCUGAAGAAACGAGAGAUGAAGGAGGAUCAGAAACAAUCAGAAGAAGAGGGAAAAAAACAAAGAGCUGAAUAUGAUCAAAGAAUAGACGAGAUGAAGAGAGAGAUGGAAAAUCAGAGAAUACAGUAUGAAAAACAGCUUACAGAAAGAGAAGAAGAAGAUAGAAAGAGAGAAGAAGAAUAUAAACAAGAUCAAGAACAUAUGAAAAAUGAUCAUGAAAACAUCAUGACAGAGUUAAGAAAAAAACAUGAAGAGGAAAUAAAAAAGAGAGAUUCAGAGGAACAAAUGAUGAAGGAACAAGAAGAGAAAGAAAGAGAAGAAUGGAAGAGAAAAAUAAAAGAGGCUGAAAAUGACAAAGAGACUCAAGAGGAAAUGAAACGACAGCAGAGAGAAUGGGAGGAAAAGAAGAACAGAGAGAAGAGAGAACGAGAGGACGAGGAAAGAGAGAGACACAAUGAACAGCUGAGAGAAAAACAAGAAGAACUGGAGAACAAGAGAAAGAAAUACGAAAGAGAGAGAAAAGAAGAAGAACAGAGGAUAGAGAAAGAGGGAGAGAAACUGAAAAGAGAGAGAGAACAGAAAGAAAGAGAAUAUAAAGAGAAUAUAAAUGAAAUGGAGAGACAUUAUGAGCAGCUGGAGCGAGAGAGAAAAGAGGAGUGGAGGAGAAGAAAACAAGAGGAUGAAGAGAGACGAGUGGAGAAGAGAAAGAGAUGUGAGAAAAUGAUAGAAGAUCUGAAACGAGAGCAAGAGGAGGAGAUCAAGAGAAGAGAAAGAGAGGAGACAGAAAGAAUAGACAGAGAAGAAAAAGAGUGUGAUGAAAUGAAACAGAAACAUGAAGAACAAAUAGGGAAGAUGAAGAAGAAACAUGAAGAUGAAGCCAGAAAACAAAAAAAAGAAUUGAUACAUUUAAGAAAUAGAAAAGAGCAGCAGGUUCAGGAGCUCAAGGAGAGACUUGAACAACUAAAUGAAGUGAAAAGGUUAAGAAAGGAACUAAAAGAUAAAUGGUCAUGCCAUGUGAUGUGAAACAUUUUUAAUAUACUGUAUAUGGAUGAGUAAAGGUCAACUGAUUUUACAGAUACCGAUAACUAGAUUACACCACACUGGCCGAUAACUGAUUAAUCAACCGAUAGUUUUAAAAUGGAAACUGAAUGUGGGAGGGGAUUUAAACUGCUUAAUGGACCCACUUUUAGAUACAUUUUCUGCAGGUGGUACGUUUCCAUCUAAGCAAGCUGGGUUGCUAGUGGACAUUUGAGCUGAUUUGGGAUGUAUUGACGUCUGGCGAAUACUUAAUUAUGGUGUUAAAGGUUUCUUGUGAGAUCUCUGAUCAGGCACCAUUCUUUAUGGAACUCCUACACGUUGAAAAAAGUGUCUCAAUUUGGUAGGUGGAGAUUUCAUCCUUUCAUAUUUUCAUUCAGAAUUUAAACUUUUCUACAAAAUCAAAAAUACCAUAGAGGUUUCUCCUUCAACGUUGCAGGAAAAGUAUUUUCUCGGGGCAUUAUUAUUGCAUAUGAAAGUAAGAAGAAACGAGAUAGUCUAGAAAAGCAGCGAGUACUGGAGCUGCAGUUGGCUGGGGCUGAGGGAGAGUAUGUAUGAAAUGGAAACCCAUCUAAUACCAAACUAAAUAAAACUUUAGCUGCAAGAGCGGUGCCUAACUCCUUUCUUACUCAGGAAGCACGUCAGAAUAUUUGGUUUGUCAAACAAAAAUAGUGAGUUUGGCAAUAAGCCAGGCAAAUACUUGGCCUCGCUGGUGAAAAAGAGGGCUGGCUCACUAAAUAUGUAUCAGACUCUUCAGGCCAAAAAAAGAUUUAAUAGCACGAGUAUCAAACUUAUAUUCAAAAACGUUUUACGCUGACUUACACACCAGCAAAAAAAAAAAAAAGUGAAUAGGGCUGAGUUGAUUAAAAGUUUUUUUUUUCCAAAAUUAAUUGAUCAAAAAUGUGAUGUGCAAAGAAAAGAGCUAAAUGGGCCUAUAGGUAAAAAGGAACUCAUGGAGGCUUUGCAAACUGCACGUUUAGGGAAAGUGCCAGGACCUGACAAUU